AUGCGGUUUCUCCAAGUUGGCUGCAAGGCAGCCCUAGUUGCCGCUAUCGGAAGUCUGGCAUCUGCAUCCAGCGUCAAGAGCCACUACUACGACUACAUUGUUGUUGGUGGUGGUCCCGCCGGUAUCAUCACCGCUGAGCGGUUUGUUGAGGCUGGCAAGAAGGUCCUCCUUCUCGAGCGAGGUGUUGGUCCAACCGUCGCUACCGGUGCCAAUGAAACUCUCACCUGGAACAAGAACCUAACAGCGAUUGACCUGCCCGGUCUCUCUGCCGAUGUUGGUAGCCUCCCUGCAUGGGAGGAGUAUAUGUGUACCGAUACCGAGGGAAUGGCCGCCUGUGUCCUCGGUGGUGGUGUCACCGUGAACUAUAUGGUCUUCGUCCACCCUCCCGAGCACGACUUCGACGACAACAACAACUGGCCCGAGGGAUGGAAGUGGAAGGAUCUCAAGCCUGCUGCUGAGCGUCUUUACCAGCGCAACCCUGGUACAACUCUACCCUCUGCUGAUGGCAAGCGUUAUGAUCAGGGUCUGUACUCAGUUCUCUCCAAGUUCUUCAGCACCGUCGGCUGGAAGUCCGUCGACAUGAUCUCCCAGCCCAACGAGAAGCACAAGGUCUACAGCUAUCCUUCCUGGAACAUCAAGGACCAGAAGCGUGCUGGUCCCGUCCGCACCUACCUGCCUCUGGCCGAGAAGAAGGAUAACUUCUCCCUGCAGCUCGGCGCCAAGGUCAUCCGCGUUGUGCGCUCUGGCAGCCACAUCACUGGUGUCGAGGUGCAAACUUCCUCCGGCGAGACUGAGAUCAUCACUCUUGCUCGCGAUGGCCGCGUCGUCCUUGCUGCUGGCGCUCUCUCUACCCCCCGUCUUCUCUUCAACUCCGGCAUCGGUCCCCAGAAGCAAAUCGAGACUGCCAAGGACAGCGGCAUCAAGGUUCCUCCCAAGAAGCAGUGGCUCGACCUGCCCGUUGGCCUCGGUUUCCGUGACCACCCCAUCUUCACCCUCAAUGUCCAGACUAAUGGCUCUUUCGGUAUACCCGACUACGACGCCAUCGUCAACGGCACUGACCGCAAAGAUAUCAGCCUCUACGGAAAGAGCAGCGGUCUUCUGACCCAAGGAAAGCACCGUGCUAUCUUCUUCUCUUCCAACGAGCUGAACGGUCAAACUCGCUACUACCAGGGUUCUUGUGCUCCCGCCGAGGGCUCUGUUCUUGAGAUCAAGACUUACCUCACCCACGGUGCUACCUCUACCGGUGUCCUGGGUCUCGACUCUAACCAGAAGACCGUUUUCGAAGAGUCUCCUUACAUGCAGACCGCUGAUGACAAGAAGGCCGCCGCUGCCUUCGUCAAGGAGUUGAUCAACGAUAUCAGCACCACUGGCUCUGGUCUCGAGCUCAUCACUAAGCCCAACAUCACCGCCAUUCUUGACACCAUCUCCUCCGGCAACCACUACACCACUUCUGCCAAGUUGGGUAGCGAUGACGGACGCAAGGGUGGCUCUUCUGUUGUUGACCUCAACACUAAGGUCUAUGGAACGGAUAACCUGUACGUCGUCGAUGGCAGUAUCCACCCCGAUCUUCCUACUGGUAACAUCCAGACUACUAUCAUGGUUAUUGCUGAGGCCGCUGCUGCGCGGAUUCUGGCCCAGCACUAG